UCAUUGAGUCAUCCAUAUUGGUUAAUCAUUGAGAGAUCCUCCAUUUUUUUUUAUUGUGAACGGUUGUGGAUGAAAGGUAUUCAAAGACCUGCCUCAUCUCAGCAUUUGCUUUUAAGAGUGAGAGAUGUGAUCGUGAGUGCAUCUUGGGAUGACAUUAGCAAAAUGAACAGGCAUUAUCCUCCUUGGUAUGGCAUGCCUAUUUCAUAGGUUUGGGGGAUUUAUUUCCUUUGUCAUUUUGAUGAAAUCAUGUACUGGUUUGCUGUCAUGUCAAACCAGCCAAUGGGAUUGGAGAGUUUCUGGACACCUCUGUCUGCUUGCCCAUCAACCCAAUGAAAUGUCGCCUCAGCUGCAGCCUGGGAUACAUGACAGAUUCCUUGGGAUGUAGGAUAUGCCGUUGCAGGACCGAAGAUCAAGAGUGUACUCCAAUCGAGGCAUGUGGCCUCUAUUGCCCUCUUGGCUAUGCAACAGAUCAUCUAGGAUGCUAUGUAUGCAAGUGUCUACAGAGAGAUGGCACAGAUGAAAUGUUUCUACCUCAGUUGACCCUGUGUCCAGUAAUCCAAUGUCCAUAUGGGUGUUUGUUUGGUUCAGCCACUGACCGCUUGGGUUGUCCCACAUGUGAUUGCCAAAGAGGAAUUCCCUUAGAUUUCUCAAGUUCCUGCACGUCCAUGCACUGCCCAUACGGAUUUUCUACCGAUGAUACUGGGAAUAAAGUGUGUAAAUGUCGCCUGCCAGCUCUUUGCCCAUGCAUGAGGAACUGUUCUCUGGAAUGUACGAUUGGAAGACUCUCAGAUGCCCAUGGAUGUGAAAUUUGUGCUUGUAAACCAGAGUUUGAUGUCAGUGGAUGCCCAGUCUUGACUACGGCCAACUGCCCAGAACUGGACAUGUGUGCUUAUGGCCUGGCCUCAUCAUUACCAAGUGGAUGUGAGAUUUGUGUGUGCAAGACACCGGUGACAGACUGUCCUCCCAUAAGCAGAGAGGCAUGCCAGCUUAGAUGCCAGAGGGGAUUUGCAACCGAUGAGAAUGGCUGCGAAAUUUGCCUUUGUACGAAAUCAGAUGAUGAGUGCAGCACACUUGUAUCAAGUCAAACAUGUUCCAAAACUUGUCUGUUUGGUUUAGCGACAGAUGCAGAUGGUUGCCCUAUUUGUUCUUGCAAGAUCCCUGCUGUUCACACUCAAAGGGAUCCCUUUCAGAUCAAAUCUUUGAUGACCACACCCUGUCCACCUGUUAUGUCAGUGAAUUGCGCCCUUGUUUGUUCUGAAGGGUAUGCUACGGAUCAGGGAUGUGAGAUAUGUGCUUGCCAAAAGACAGAUGGAUGUCCAGCCCUCAAUGUCCAACAAUGUCCCUUACUGGAUAGCUGUCCUUAUGGGCUUUCUACGGACCACCAUGGGUGUCAGACAUGCAGUUGCAGACAGCCUAUUGCCUGUCUUCCGACCUCUCUUCAAAGCUGUUCAAUUCCUUGCCCCCGAGGUCGGGCAACUGACAGUGAUGGUUGUGAAAUAUGCUCCUGCAGGAAUACAAGUACUUCUUGCCCAAUUGUUAACAGAAGAAAUUGUAAGAAGGCUUGUACAUAUGGAUAUGCAACCGAUGCCGUCACACUUUGUCAAGUCUGUAUGUGCAAGCAGCCAACCGAGGUACCCAUAGCAAUCACAUCCUUCAGGAUAUGUGAACCUGUCAAUUGCACCAAUAACUGCCCGGCAGGAUUUCUCCAUGAUGAUCAAGGAUGCCCAUCCUGCAAUUGUAAAGAGGAAGGAGUAACAUGUCCAGACCUACCAAUGUCAGUCUGUCCUCAGCAGAUGCUCUGUCCUUACGGUCUUGGCAUGGAUUCAAAGGGAUGCCCCAUCUGCUUCUGCAGAGUAGAAUCUGGAUGUUACCCUGUCAGCCCAUUGACCUGUGAUCUUGACUGUCAGUAUGGCUAUGAUACUAAUAAACAUCAGUAUCAGCCUCUCAUAGCAGUUCAUUUAUCUAUAAUAUAUGCUGGAUGUUACCCUGUCAGCCCAUUGACCUGUGACCUUGACUGUCCGUAUGGCUAUGCUACUGAUAAAAACCAGUGUGAAACAUGCAGAUGUAGAAUAUUUGAUGCCGCAAUAUGUAACCUCAAUGUCUCAUCAACCUGCCAUAAGAAAUGUCCAUAUGGAUUGGCUACUGAUAGAAGUGGAUGUGAGAUCUGUGUCUGCAAAAAUGAAGUGCGAGAGAUAAGUAUUGUCACACUCGGGCCAGUGAUAACAUGUACCCCAAUUACCUGUGAUAUGAAUUGUGAGUUUGGAUUGGCCACUGAUACCCAAGGCUGUGAGGUCUGCACCUGUAAACUACCAAUGACAGAUGAUGGCUGUACAAACAUUACAAGAGCAGUAUGUCCUCUAAUGGAUGGAUGUAAGUUUGGCUUAGCGACAAAUGAGUUCGGAUGUUCAAUAUGCAAGUGCAAACAGAGUAGUAAGUUAAAACCAUCAUUUUAUGAGAUGUGAUCAUUACCAUCAUUGCAAUGUUUUUAGACCAUGUGUAAGUUUUUAGAGUAUGUCAGUAAUUUGGAUUACAAUCUUUCACCUCAUUGAAUAAUUGCAUAGAUAAUGUGUUUAUUGGUAUGGACAGUAGCACAAAAGUAAUGACUUUUCAAGUCAAUGCAAAUCAUUUUUUUGUGUGGGAAAUAUAUGUCAUCAAUUUCAUUUUGUAUUUCUGACUGAAUUAAUUUAUAGUAUUUCACUGCAAAGGUGGGUUGAACAUGUUUCAUGUGAUGUUGUAAAUAAAGUAGAAGGGGAGUUUCAUCGGAAUAUAUGUAUUUUGACUUAAUGUUCAUAAUGUACUUUGAAUUCUUUUCUGCCAAUGUAGUGACUCCUCUUAGCUAUUGAUACUUCAUAUUUGUAAUUCUAUAUGUACUUCAUGGUGUGAGCGGCACAUGUACUGUGAAGACUUCUUCCCCUCCGACUUUAAUGAUAUUCCAGAGACUUAGAAUUUUAUCUUCUUUUCAUAUUCUUUUUUUUUGGGUAAAAAGUUGUAUGUAACCCUCUUCCAUCGUGUAGUCUGUCCUGUUUGAAUGGCUUAGCAACUGAUGCAAAAGGAUGUGACAUUUGCGUGUGUAAGAAUACAUGUGAGUAUUACCAAGGGGCCUGUUCACAAGACUUAUGAGAAUCUUUUUUAUAACCCUCUCAAGUAUAAGGGGUGCUUUAUGAUAAUGAGACAGACUUAAAAUUUGUAUGUAUGUUCUGGGUUGCAUGUAGCUUGUAAGAUUUAAUUGAUUCUAUCAACCCCCUCCCGUGGUAUGAGAGUACAAACAUAUUAACAAUAGGCUACAUGAUACAAAAACAUAAGUGAUGACAUGUACAUGUACAACCACAGAAAUUAGGACUGACACUGCAGCAUUGGUUGACCACCCUAUGCGGAUGCGUAAAGCUCGUUUAUCUACCAACAAACAUUGGCACUUUAACAUAAGCCCAACAUGAAUUUUAGUGAAACACCUCUAAGAUUCUAUGUAUCUAUAUUUGUUGUCCCUUCAGUUUUGUACUUAUUAUUUGACUGGUACAAUGUGUUUUUACAUUAUUUUCUUGAUGAAAGGAGAAUAAUAUGCUCUUUUGUUUCCAGUGUUAUUCAUCAGUAUUAUUAAUGUUUGUCACUGAAGUUCAGAAAACACUUUAUUAUCCAUUACACAUAAUGGAAUAAAAACAGUACACUUUGUUUGAAAAAUUCAAAGUACUUUGCUUUAACUUAUGGGUGGCUUAAUGCUUUGUAAAUAACAUAAAUUGAUAUAAAACUGACACAAACAAGUACAUGUGUUGUCUGUCAAUGUGUCGCAUUGGCUGCUGACUAUGAACUGGAUAAAUUAUUGAGGUUUGCAAGUACUGUAUUCUGUGUCUAUAAUCUAAUAGAAAAAUAAAAACAUUGUCUUGAUUCAGUCCUAAUUUCUGUGAAAGUUGUUUUUUUAUCCAAGGAAGCCAAACAUUUUAAGUAGGGAGAUAUUCUGAUCAAUAUUUGUAUCCAUUCAUGUGACCAUUUUCUUACAAAAAGACUAAGUACAUGUGUUACUAAGUUAUAAUAUCAGUAGUUACAUAAAUAAUUAUAAUAAUUACCACAUUUUAUGAUUUUGUCCUGUUACUUUACUAAUCCAAAAUCAUGAAAAACAGUUUAUAGGUC